CCUCUUGGUUUCAAAAUCGGACCCGUUGGAUCCCGGGAUCGUAGAUGACAGAAACUUGUUGCAGAAAGAAGUGAUCAAUCUCUACUUAUCCGAUUUGUUUAAGGGUUGUUCCCACAUUAGUUACAUCCAUCACUAGCGUCCCGGACUCUUUUUGCAGUAGCAAAUACGCCAGGUGGGAUGUUCGGGGAAGGUAAUUCCGUAGCCUCUAACUUGUGCUUUAUGUCUUUCCUCAGUAGUGCGAUUUCGUUGGUCAGCUUGCUCUGGGUCUGCUGGCUAAUGUUUGUUCUAGGUUUCAACUUGCUCAUACACAAACACAUUGCGAUGUUAAGUUUCGUCUCCGGCGCGAAUAAGUGGUAUUUAAGUUUCUCUACAAAGAAAGCGAUGUCGAUACUGAGGCCAACGAGGAAAUUAGCGUCCUCUUUGGAGUAUCCUUGGCGAGCUUUCUCUUUGUGACGUUUUGGUACUUCGUGGGUUGGGUUUUGUUUCGCUCGGUUUUGAAAGUUCCGAGUCCUGCUGCCUUGGUUGCCUUUCACUACCCGAACUGGUGCAGAAUGCUUUGGAGCAACAUUUGCUGCGUCCUAAGACUGCAGCAAAUCUAUCCAUCUUCAUCCAUUUUCCCCAGCAUGCUAGCGCCGUUUUACAAGGGAAAAAAAAACACGAAGAUGGUGCGGCUGAAGAGGGAUUUGUGCACGCACUCUUGGACGAGCAUGAGGUUGAAGGCUUGACGAAGUGGAGGGGAGGGCUAUGUCAGCGUCAAGAGGUUGAUGUACAACUUUUAUAACGGGGAACUUUUAUAACCUGCAUCCUCACAGGAGCUUAUUUUCUCCAUUGCGUGAGUAGAAUCCUGAUGAAAUUAACUACUCAGGAUAUGAAUUAUUGUGGGCGCUAAUCCAUCAGAAUCAUUCCACAGAUAAUUGAUAUGUCUACUAGCUGUACAGGUCGUCAUACUUUGAUAUCACCGAGGAAACAAAUGAAAUAGUUAGCCGGCUCGUUCGGCGACAAGAAUCAAAAUGGAAAAGAGACCAGAAUCCACGUGAGAUGGAGAGCAAACUCAGUAGGAACACUAUCUAACAGCGUGGUUUCAAAAACUGGCACAACCAACCUCAGACGGUUUCUAAAUCCUCCCUUGGCGUUACUUGUUUCUACAACGAUAGUCCCAAGCGAGCAUGCUCGGCUUCAAGUAGUUUUCUCGGCUCCAUCAAUCAGAAAUUAUCCAGAUCCAUGAACAAUCACUUCGC